AUGAAACAACUUAGCAGCUCUUCUAUCAUCCGCGGUAUAAGAUCGUACUCGUCUUCACCAGCGAGCAAACCCGAUUUGUUUCUCAACCCUCAUUCCUGGCAAGGAUUACCAGCAGAUCAAAUUUUUCAAUUACACCAAAUUAGAAAGAAAUACUUGGGUGAUGCGUACAACCCAACCAAUGAGGAAAGAACAGCUAUAUUAUCCACCAUUACAUCGCUAACGGCGAAUAAACCAACUUUGGAUUAUGCAUUUGAAAUUGAAAACUUCAAGGAACGAGUCAUGAACAAUACGCCCAUGAAGGACAGAGGCAAGCCUCAGAAAUUGAGCAACAUGUUUGUGAUAAACUCUGGUGUUGAACCGCACCAUGCUAGACGCAUAGAUAACUUGCAUAGGGUAUCCGCAUUUGAGAUGCCCUUGUUGUCCAAAUACCAACAACCUUACACGCCAAGACUGAAAACAGAAGCGCCAAUUAAAUUGACAUACAACUCUGAUUUCGGUGAUGACAUAACCAAUAAGCACAACAGAAAGGUUACAUUAUACGUUGAAUUGAAGGACUUGAAGCUUAACAAAGAACAAGAGCACAAGUUUAAAAUACUUGCUGGUCGCAGAUUUCAUUACGGAACUGAUUCAUUUCAAUUAAAGUGUGAAAGGUAUCCACAUGCAGCUCAGAACGUUAAUUGGUUAAUUGACACCUUCAAUAAACUUGUAGCAGAAUCCAAGGACCUUAGUAAGGAAACUUUUGCUGAUAUUCCUUUAGACAAACGUCACAUGAAAACGUGGACUACCAAACCAAAGCCAGCUUUUCCUGAGGAAUGGAAGAGACCACAAGAUGCUCCAACAAAGAGACACGAAAUUAUAAAUGAACUUGUAGAGAUGAGUAAACAGAAGUUGGAUUCCGACCACCUUGGCAAAAUUUCACCUUGA